UUGGAAUCUCCGGAAGAUAGUGGAAAGUCCGAGUGGAGUAACUUUGACAUUCAAUGUGUUAAUUCAAACAACAGUAGCUGGAGAUUAUAAAUUCAAGGUAAACUUAGGAAAUAUAAAAAAAAAACUGGUCAUCAUGACAAACUAUGAGGAGUCCAUUCAGCCCACUAGUGAUAGCUUUUGGGAGGUAGGCAAGUACCAGAGAACAGUGAAGCGUGUUGACAAUGGUUACAAACUAUGUGACAGUCUUAGAAGUCUUAUAGAGUCGAGGAGCGAGAUAGAAAGAAAUUACGCCAAACAGCUAACACAAUGGACCAAAAGGUGGAAUGAAUAUCUGGACAAAGGCCCAGAGUAUGCGACUACACAAGGUGCAUGGAGAGGAUUGCUACAGGAAGCUGAUAGUGUGGCAAACCUUCACACCCUUGUCGGAGAGAAUCUCAUGUCCAAAGCUUACACCGACAUCAAACAAUGGCAGAAGGACAAUUACCACAAAUCUAUGAUGCAUUUCAAAGAAACAAAAGAAAUGGAAGAUGGUUUCAAAAAGGCACAAAAACCAUGGGAGAAAAAGUACACCAAGCUACAAGCUGCCAAAAAAGAAUAUCACACAGCAUGUAGGAACGAAAAAAGCACUGCCAACCAGGAAAAUAACGCCCGGGGUGACUCGGCAGUCUCGCAGGAUCAGAAAACCGUAGACCAACACACUUUAAAAAAGAUCCAAGAUAAAUUACGGAAAUACCAGGCUGAUGUAGAACAAUCCAAGGAUAAAUAUGAAGCUUGCCUGAAUGACCUUAACAGUUACAAUGCAAAGUAUAUAGAGGACAUGAAUGAGGUUUUUGAGAAGUGUCAACAUUUUGAAAGAGAAAGAAUGGAAUUUUUCAAGAAAACUAUGUUUGUGCUCCAUGAGUGUCUGGACCUGUCAUCAGAAACCAGAUUUUCCAAGUUAUAUUCAGAUCUACAUGACACGAUUAGCAGAGCAGACUCCGACAGUGACCUGGCCUGGUGGUCUCAGAAGAGCGGUGCUGACAUGCCCAUGAACUGGCCCACAUUUGAGGAAUAUUCUCCUGACCUGGCAAACAUAUCCAAGAAGGAGAAGAAAUCCCAGCUAGGUGGAGACGGCAUCACCAUCACCAGUAUACGGCAUAAGGGUGAUGUUUAUCAACCCUCGACUGAUUCCAACACCUUCAACAACACACCAUCGCCCCGUACAUCACGCAUCUCCAAUGCUUCCACAACAAACAGUGAUUCUUACAACCCCGCUCCAACACAGUCAGAACCCAGCUACAACAGCAAUGUGGUGGAGACACGUGCGGAGGUGGAUGUGAGCAGGAAAAAGUCUUAUGACAAGAAAUUAAAUCCAUUUGGUUCAGAUGAUGAUGAUGAUGGAGAAGACUUGGGAGGAGAUCGGCUCUCAAGUAAAACACCAAGCAAACAAACAGUCCCAGAACAAGUGAGGUCAGAGCCUGCGGAGCCAGCUAACCCAUUUGGUGAUGACGAUGCGGAAGAGGAGGGUGCUGACUGUAGUAUAUUGAUGGAGGUUCUGUAUGACUACAUACCCAAGACUGAGGAUGAUGACGAGCUUACUCUGGCAGUAGGUGAGAGAUUCUACAAGAUCAAGAUGGAGGAUGAGCUGGGAUGGUGUAAGGGGAGAAAAGCAGAUGGUUCUGAAGGCCUGUUCCCAGCACAGUAUGCCAAGGAAGCAUCAUAACAUGUCAGACCGAGACUUCCCAUGGAUCAUAGCAGCGCAUACACCAAUCAGUGUAUACUCCAAACAAGUGGAGCUGAUAACACAACAAAAGACAGAAUCGAACUCAUGUUUAUGCAAGAUUCAUGGAUAUUACGUAUACAUCCCUAAUACAUGUACUGACUUAACAAGCUGUGGCUCCUUCCCAACUCUAGAGAGAUUUACAUAAAACCGUAACAAUUCCCUGUAGCAGGUUAUCUCCCCUUUACUUUAUUGUUACAACAAUGGCCUUAUUAUUGGUAAUUAUUCACAGAUACAUUUUAUUCAAAAUUUUGUGUCACCUCAGAUUUCAUGUAAUGUACCAGUACAUCUAUAUGUAUGUCAGAUUACAAAAGAAUAUAUAGUUACAUUCGUAAUGUAGGCUCCGAUUUAUUGAUACCAGUCAAAACUUUCCUCUUUAUUUUAGACAUGCCCCUAUUAAUUUAUUAUUAAGGAUGUACGCUACCUUAUUGGGACAAACAAGAGUUCCAAUAGUAUGAUGAAAUUGAAUUAUUUGAAUUAUUAGUUAAAUCGCAGUUGAAGCUAUGUAUGGGAGAUAAUUAAAAGGAUUAAAUGUUUAAGAUAAUAUUUAAAAAUGAAGAUAUACACUGAAACCUCAUUAAUUGAUAAACAUAAUUUUAUUAUCAAGGUAUAUAUGCUUGAUGAAAUAUGAUAUAUAUAUAAUGGACUUUCAAAAGGAAUUAAGUGUCAAUGAAGUGAUUGUGCUUUAUGAAGUUGGUUCUCAGAUAACUAGUUCUGUUACAAAACAGCUGGUAAGACAAAAGGAAAAGGGAUGUAUUUUUCUUAAGAUGCUGAUCUAGUUUAUAGAUCUUAUUUCAACAGUUUGUCAUUCUUGGUCUAUUAGGCAGUCAAAUGAAUUACGAUUCCCACAUAUAAAUUCGGUUAAAGUAAAUUUAUUGGGAAUUCUACAUGAAUUUAAAUUGUGAUUAUUAUACUAUAAAUCAAAUAGUAAUAUUUCUGAAUAGAUAAUUUGGAAUUUUCCAGAUUCCGUUUGUUAUCACGUCCCGAUUCAUCUUCAUUCAAGAUUUAUUUAUUGUUGCCUGGUUUGUUGAGACAUUCUGACUCCAAGGAAGAUACAACUUACUUCUAUGAAGUACAUAAAGGAAUGGUGAAGAGCAACAUGUGACAUUGAAUUUGGUUUUUUCAUUAUUGAUUCCACUGCCAUGCUAAAGGAUUUGGUCAAUUGAAAUGAAGCUACAUUUAAAUACUUGUAUAUUUGUGGUUAAAAUGAUAUAAAAUUGUAAUAUUUAUGAUUCUUCAGGAUAGAACAUGAAGAUAAAAAAUUCAAGGUGUCUUGAAAUAUUCCUCCAAGGCAUCUUCUAACAUUUUAUCCAUCUAGAUGAAAAUUUGAUUUUUGUUGAAAAUAUUUUCAUAACAUUAAUAUAAUAUAAACAAAAAUCUUUGAUAAUAUCGAAAAGUAGUGAACUUAUUAAUGGUAAAAAGGUCUUUCUUUGUUUGGUUUAAAUAGAGGUAUUCAUACAUAAGGGGAGGUAAUUUAGCAGAAAUUAUUCAUGUAAAAAACAUAAUACUCAUUUAUCUUGUUCAUCUGACUUUUGACCAUUCCAUAUUAAAUGUGUAAAAAGAUCUGUAUGUUAGGCUCGUUAAUGAUGGUGAUUUUUGAUUAUAGAAAGACAAUGUACUGAUGUUAAUAAUGUAUAACUGUACAGACGGAUGCUGUGUUCUCUGGUCACCCUAGAUCUCCAGCUGUGGAUUAUUCCUAUUCUGAAUUUCCAAUAGUUACCAUAAAUUUGUUGAUUGGUAUUGUAGGAACAUCACAGUAUAUGAUUCUGAUAUUCUGUUGUGCAAGAAGGAAAUAUUCAGGAGUGGUAGAUGAUGAUGCACAGCGUUGGUUGGUAACUGUAUUAUCAUGUGAAUGAAGAAAAGUCAUGAUGGAAAGCAGCUUGUUUGAUACUGUAAACAAUAGAUAGCUAUAUAGAUAUCUGUAUAUCAUUAUAUAUAAAUCAACUUUAAAGUAGAUAUGUUAAAUAGUAAAAUUGUUUUCAUGUUAAAUGCACACAUCCAUGUAUUAGAAUCUUGCCAAAGUAACUUUUAUUAGUAUAUAUCGAAGAAGAAAAAAAAGAGUAGUGAUGCAAAAAUUUUGUAAUUAAAAGGAAGUUUAUUAUAUUAUUUUUUAUCGUAAUAGAUGGAAGUGAAAUUGAUUGAAACAACGAGUAUGGCGUAAGUUGCGAAGGUGAACUGUUUCAAAUGUAUAAAGUCAUCAGUAACUAUUGAUUUAAAAACCUGUUAUCAUAUCAACAUUAGUGUUCCUUCUACCUCUAAAGCACACAUACACUGUAUUUGUAUCCAUGCACCACUGUUUGUCACAUCCUUAAUGUUCAGAUACUUUUAAUACUACAAGUUCUUAUCAUUUCAGAUUUUGAUAGCUUUUCAUCCUGGGCUGGCACCAGGAGUCAUCUCCCUUUAUCUAAAUUUCAUUUUUGAUUUGCAUUAUUGCAAUCAUAAGAAAACAGAAAUUUGUUCACAAGUCUUGAGGUUAACUUAACAGUUAUGUGAAGUUUUGAUUGAAUUUGGAGUUACUGUAAUUACUUUUAUCAAUUCAUAAUACAAUUUUUGUGUAAAUGUAUCCGUUUAUGUAUAUUCUGCAGCACAAUGACAAUAACCACUUUUUUUUCUUUUUUUUUGCCCUGUUCCAGAGAAAUCUAUUUUGUAGAUAGUCAUACAGUAUUUUUAUAGAGCGUAUUUCAUGUUCUAUAGUCACAAGAUUUUGUGUACAAAUAUUUAGUAAUCGGAUAGUUUUGUUGUGAUUUCUGUCAAAUUUGUUUAAGGAUAUUUGGGACUGUAAGAAAUGAUGUGAAGAUAAACAAAUUAUUGAACUAUUUUAAUUUCUGUACUUAAAAUUUCCCUGACCUGUGAUAUUGGGUGUGAUAGAUCAUUUUGUACAACCCCAGGCCCAAAAUUUAUUAUGAUAGCAUAAGCUAUUUUCUGAAUUAAACUAAAGAGCAGAUUUUAAUUCUGGAGGAAAUCUUAGUUAUAAUGCCUUGAGAAAGUGAAACAUGAUGUCCCAUCAUUAUGGGUAAGAUUCUCUGUAAAUAUCGUCGAUACUGGCUGUGUUCAGUGUUAUGUCCCCAGGUAUAAGGAUAGGCAUGAUGACCACUUUACAAGUGAUCAGACGUAUCCUUAUCAGUGGCAAAUAGAGAUAUUGGCAUGAUGGUCGACAGGUAUGGUGACACAAGGAUACAUUUCUUCAUUUAGAUUGACCAGAAUAGAAAGAUUUAGUGUUCCAGAUUCAAAAUUACAAGUUCCCAGUUUAGAUUUUAAAGUUUUAAAGUGUUAAAGAUCAGAAAUUAUCUACACAAUGGUUCUCUCAACAUAAUCAUUUGGCAUAAGAUCGGAUUAUAAUUAUAGAUUGUCUGAAAAUAAAAUAUCAAGAGAAUCUCAGAUCACCUCAGGCUAAUAUAGAGGCUAUAUAAUGUGUAAAUUAUAAAUUCAUCAAUAUUGAAAUAAAAACUUUUGUCAUUUUUGGAAAGAUUAUUGUCACUCUCGGGCAUACAAAAAACCUGUGAAUUUUGAAGAACAAUUUGAUAAGAAUGAAACGUAGAGAGGAUGAUUCGUUUUCAUAUUGAUAUCAUACAAUGUUGGUGAUAAUUGUUGAUGUAAAUGAGAGGAGAGGUUACUAGACAUAUUUUGAUAGGAUGUACACCUUAUCCCGACCAACAGUAAACUACAGCGUGUACACUGUAGUCUAUGUAGAUUUAUAUGCUUGUGUUAGUAGAAUUGUCCGUGCUGUUUGAUGAAAACACUUUUAUUUAGAAUUUUGCAGGGAAUUUGAAAUAUCGACAUUUAUGAUAUUCAAACAUUUGUACAUAAAAUAAAAAACCUUAAGGAAAUUCCAUUUUCAUUUUAGGGUAUGAGAACAUUCAUAUACCGUUAUUCCAACUGUUUGUUUUCUGUUAUUGUCGACAUAUUUCUUAAGGGGAAAAAAAAAAUCAUAUUUAAGCAUACAUGGAAAAAAUUUAUGAAAGUGUUAUAUAUUUAAAUUUUUAGAAGAAUGCUAUUCAUGGCUAUAGAUGAAAUGAAAGUUCUGAAUUUAAGUCAUGACCAAAAUUCAUUUUUAUAAAACAUGUGUUGGUUUUUGUUGGAUGCAUUUUUCAAAUCCUAGAUAAAAUUGUCCCAAAUAUAUUUAUAUUUUAUAGUGCUAAGCUACUUAAUGGCUAAAGGACUUGAAGAUUACUGUAAUCCAUUGUAGUUUUUAUGGUACAUAUUGAUGUGGUUUAAUUAUUCAUAUAUAUAUAUCAAGGACUGGGUGACAUUAACGAGAUGUUGCCUUCAUUUUUCCAUGAACCACAUGAAAUAUAACCUUAAAGUUUUUUUUUAGAAUUGUUUAAAACUUCACUUACUUUCUUUAAAACAAAUGCUACCUAAAUAUUAAUAUUAAAAGAGGAACAUAUGUGUUAGUUAUAUUAUUGUGUCUCUUCAUAUUGAGGAGAAUGUGAAAUUUGGGUGUAUGUAGGACUAAUUGUUAUCAUAGUGUCCAUUUUCGUCAAACUUUCGUUACAGUGUUUGUUCUCAUUUCUUGAAGGCCAGACUCUGUGAUAUGUUAAGCUAUUUUAGGAUAUAAGAAUCAAGAUACAAUUUGGGAGUAUCACCUUGGAAACAUGUGUUCAUUGUACAUUGGCUCUUUGUGAGUUUUGUAAAUAAGCAGAUCAAAGUAUCUCUGAAGACGGAGAGGAUUUGAUAUUCUUGACAGUGUCACCUCAUUGUCUCAAGGUAUCCGGUACUUGUUGUACUGAAACCUGUAUGUAAGAUUGGUGUGUAAUGGAGAAACAAUUCUACAAAUUAGUUGAUGCAGGUUGAAUUACAUUGCUUAUCGCAGAAAAUGAUGCCUGUUUAUGUCUAAAGAAUUCCAAAGAAGCUCAAAGCUUGUGUGUAGUUGAAGAGGUCUCUAGAAUUAUUAUACUUUAUUCUCAUAUUAUAUUCUGUAAAUAAUUCUUUUAGGAUUAACUCCUUUAUAAGGUUGAGAUUCAGAUAUCUGUUUUAUAGGCAUAUUUCAAAUCAAUUUCAAAAUUAUUUCAAAAACAUCUGUAAAAAAAUUAACAGAAUUUUCACUCAUAUUUCAAACAUUUAAAAAGUUUUCAGCAAAAGAUUAAAAUAUUAUAAUAGCACUUAGUUCAUUUACUUUAUUUGUGAAAAAGUUGGUUCUUGCUUGGCAUAAAUAAGAUAGAUUAUUAGGCUAGAAAAUACAAUGUACCAGUUACUAGGGUAAGGCUAUUAGGCAGAAGACGAUGUCAUAUUGGUAGGAUAAAUCUGUGUAUAGGAAUAAAAGUAAUCUGCCUAAUUGAGCAAUAUGACCCAGGUGUGAUGUUUGGCUAUAGACACAGGUAAAGCUGUUUACCACUGUUAUUAUUGUAAAAAUUGUUACCCAUGUAUGCAAUAUUAUCGUUGUUCCAUGUUUAUUGUAUAUUUGUCCUGCCAGUUACCCAUUUACCUGUUGUUACAGAAAAUAUGUUGUUGCAAAAUAUUUAGAGACUGUAGCGGACAUUCUGUACUAAUAUACAUGUAUAUCACCAUUUAUAUAUAUAGGGGAAAAAGAAUGUUUAGUUAUUUAUUCAAAUAUGAAUAUAUUCCAUGCAUUAUUGGCAAUAAAGAAUACUAAUGAAUAUU